AUGGGUGCGCACCCUGCUGCCAAGCACCCUGCCCGCACCGAGUCUUCUGCGUCUCCCGUGCCUCCCGGCAACGUCAAGGGCGAGACGGCUUCCAGCCACCAUUCCUUCGGGAGUCUCUCCGGAAUUUCCUCGACCGCGACGUCGGCGCUCAGGGGUCUCGCCUCCGGGGUAAAUCUAGGCGGAGGGGGGAACGGCGCCAGCGGCGUGGGCGGCAGCGGGAGCACUACCAACUCUGAGGUUGGCCUUGGGUCUGGGAGGCUGUCACAUGAGCUGCCUAGCAUUCGGAAAGGAUACCUGCUCAUGCUCACAAAGCCCGGUCAAGCCUGGAGCGGUACCGCAGGAGGAGGAGGUGUAGGCGUAGAGGCUGGCGGCGGGGAGUGGUCGGAGCGGUUCUUUUACCUUUUGGGACAUUUCCUCAGAUACAAGAAGCAAUCUCGCAACCUUACAUCGGUCAACCUCAAGCAGACGGACCACGUCGAGUUCAACCUCCAGUCCGCCGUCGUGGAAACCUUGGAGGAGGCCCAGGAGCGAGAAGGGAGAGAGGGCGCGUCUGUCAGCUCUCAUUCCCGACGGAAGCACGCCUUCCGGCUAGUGUCGACAUCCGCGUCGAAGGAAAAGCCUUCUCCUGCCUCUCCCGCUGCUCUUUCCACGGCGUCCUUCGGUGAAGCUAGGUCAUCGAGGUCUGGCACGACUCCGUGCGAGGCUGCCUUGGCGAAGGAUGCGGCGGAGGCGGAGGAGCGAAACUCCCGCCAUUCUUGGUCGCCGGCUAGCCCCUGCAACGGUGGUGGCAAGCCGUCGCGGCAGGUGUGGGUCCUGGCCGCGACAAGCGAAAAGGAGCGAGCAAUGUGGAUGCAGGCCAUUCGAGAGGCUAUAUCUUUGGGUCGGGAGUUGCUCUCCUGUGGGGAGGCGGGGUGUGAACCGGGACCUCUGUUCGCUUUGGCGCGAAGGAUGAGCGAGGAGCUAGAAGUCCGCGAUCGACAUCACCGGCUUCGUUUUUAUCGCUCCUGCUUCUUAGGCGAAGACGCGGUCUCUUGGUUGCAAUCGGAAUGCGGCCCCUGUUCAGUCGAGGAGGCGUUGAGGCGAGGAAACAAGAUGGUCGCAGCGGGGCUCAUCUACCACUGUACCUACGGGCAUAGCCUUGAGAACAGCCGUCUUUUUUACAAGUUUGCCAAUUCCGUAGUUUCGGCGUCGGGCGGCUCCAGGGUAUCACUCUCCCGUCAAACAUCGGGAGAGAGAACCGGCGCCAAAAGCAACCGCUUUGGCGUCAAGGGCGUCGGCUACGGAGGGGGGGUCACAGACGGCAAUCGCCCCUACCGGAGCACGAACGAUCUGGCCGGCAUCGUGAGCAGAAGCAGCGGCGAGCACAACUACGACCACCGCCGGUAUUUUGGGGGGGCAGGAGAGCGGGGCAGCAGCGGGGAAGGCGGCGGGGGUUCGGACGCGUCGUCGGAAGAUAGCGGCAGCGUCGUUUCGGUCGACAACAGCGGGUCGGCCGUCUGCCGCGGCGAAGCGGCCCCCCCAUCCACGGUGGAUGGCGAAGGGAAAGGCGUGGGGUCGGGUGUGGUGUUGUUAUCGAAGAGUGUCGUGGCGGCGACCGCUGCUGCUGCGUCUUCGGACGGACGGAGCGGUUUCCGAGAAAGUUCUGGCGGUCACGCCGGCGAGAAGAAGGCCACAACGAGGAGGAUUGCCAGGGAGUUGGAGGAACUGAAGCUCGCCUGUGCCGAGAUGGAGCGGUCGCAAAUGCGGACGGAGCGACAGAUGCAGGCCUUUGCAACCGGGUUGCUGGGUUGCGUGGAGACCUCGAUGGACGGAGCCCUCGCCUCAACGGCGGCCGCCCUAGCCCUUGCGGCCUUCGGACUGGCCCUGCAGGCGGUGCACCUGGACGGGUCCGGGCGGCCCACAGCCGUGGCGGCGGCGGGAGCAGCGGCAGCAGGGGAGGGGGACGGGGACCUCGCCGGGGGAACACGGUUCGCGCCGCGAAUCAUGCAGGCGAUGCUGAUCGCCCUCGUGACGAUAGCUCUCCGGUCCUACGCCAAUGGCCGCGAGGCUGUAGGUCGGGCGAUCGAGGCUGCGAAGGGGUUAUGCUGCGGCGAGACGAUGCCGUCGUCAGGGUUCGGCCAGGGGUGGGAAGGAGGAAGUGGUGGGGCGAUGGGGAAGGCGGCUGCAGCAGACGCUUUUGCGGUGCCAUUAUUGCAUCCGGGGCAGGCGAACGAGCUCCUCCGGACGACCGUCGGCAACGGCACCCGCAGCCGAAGCACCACAGAGUCAACGCCCUCCGCCGGAUCGCUCAACAUUCUCAGUCGCGUGGCCUCCAACAAACCCCCAGCCCUGCCCCCGCAGCCGGCGGACCCCCCGCAGCUGGCAGAGCGCAGCCGCGGCGGUCCGAUGUCGUCGGACUCUUGUCCGGCCCCGCUACCGGACUCGUCAUCCGACGUGAUGAGUCGCGACAGUAGUGUCGCCGUCGCCGGUGCCGAUUCCGCGGCGCGUGUGUCGGCGUCUGUGGCUGUCGGGGAGGGGGCGGCAGGCGUUGAGGCUAGUGGUACGGAUAAGGACAAGGGGGGUGGGGUAAUUGACGGGGGCGGUGAUGUUGCGGCGGCAGGCGGCGUAAGAGGAGAGAGGCCCGAGCUGGCAAGCUUGCCUCCGGAAAAGGAGUGGCCGCACCACCCCAUCUUCGUCAGACUCAGCCCUUCCGUCGGAGAUCAGGUGAGGUUAGACGGCCACAAGCCCAACUCGUCUAUCCCGGUGAACAGCGACGACAUCGCCGUACCGUUCGAGACGCCGCUUUUCAAAGGUCGUCUUCUGGUGCGAGUGGCGGGGCUGCCUGGAGACGGAGCGCAGGACUACUUCCGGGGAAAGAAACGGCUCAUGCAGUGCGCUGUGCAGGGCGAGUUUAAGAAGGAGCUUCCGUUCGACCGAGUCUACACUGGACAGGCGUACGACCGGCCUUUCACGCAGCUGCCCGCGAAGUGGCUCAUCCGCUCGGCGUUCUCCUUGAUACGGAGACUUUCUCCCGCCCUUCGGGAGGACAUCACCGGCGAGCGGCCGUAUAUGGUCAGCCCACUGGCGGCGACGGCCCAGUCCAUGCGUGCCGAAGCGCCCGGAGACGAGGUUGCCAUCGUGGGCGACCUUGGCGAGGAGACCGGUCUGCUGGGAGAGUCGUUCAUGGACAGCUGCGUCCCGUCUUCCGCCCGGAAAAAGUUUUUCAACAACCCGAGAAACCUCAAGGCCUACUCCUUCAAGCCUGGCGUGGUCUACACCUUCGACUUCUACCAGCACUUGUACAACGCGGUAACGUUCGAGCUCGACCUCGGCUUCCGGAAAGUGAAGCUCGCCGACUACCUCAACCACCAACCGGCACAGAUUAUGGCGUUGGACUUCGACACGGGCGAGAUGCUGUGGAACGUCGAGAUUUGGAAUGCGGCUCUGCUGAAAAUGACCAACCGAAGUUGAUGAGGACACGCGUUGUUCGCUUUGGACACUGCAGAGGAAGCUGGCGGAAGUCUCGGUCAACGCGUAGAUUGGAUGUUCUAGAGUCACACGUGGUGUUCUAAGUUGCAUGGCUCAAAAGAGUUGACUCUGUGUACAGCAGAGUCCGUGCAAGGAGGAUCAAUGGAGAGAAUGGCUCAGUUUUUGGUCACGUCACAAAAGCCAAUGGCUGACGGAGGAAAGGAGGAACCGUAUCCGUUACAAUUUUGGGGUCGGCUAGCUUGCCAGGCUAGUUUGCCACCCACCCAUUGUAUUCAUAUGUUGAUAAGGGAACGUGCUUUCCUCCUUUUCUUUUUUUUCGGUGUUUUGUACUUGUACCGCGGCAUGUUUGUGACAAGAAAAUGUGGCACCAGAGCUUGGUGCGGUUUCCUUGGGAAGUGGCUGCCUCCCAGCUCGGCCCUGCUAGAGCAAGUUAGGGUCUGUACCAGUUUCGACGAAGGCGUGCAGAUAGUGUUUUGUCUACGAUACCUCGAUGGAAGUUCACGCCCAAGCUGCGGAUUGGGGGUGGGUGGGUGGCGUAGAAUUGUGGCCACGAGAUCCGUUUGUUUGUGGUAGUCUACCUUGCUUGACCGGAAUAGUAUUAGCUCGACAUGUAGUUGUCCACGUCUGGGUGUGGAUACCAUGUUGUCGUGGUUGCCAAAUCGGCUUGGUCGAUCAUGAUCGCGCUUCUAGAACCCGAAAGCACACAAGGCCACAGUAUCAUAGGAAGCUGAAAAUCAGGCAGGGUACAAUACUCUGUUUUUUGGGUGGCUUCGGCUCUAGAGGGAAUGGGAAUUUCCGGGUCAUACCCCUGAUCUAAGUUGGUCGGAACGUGAGGCUGUCUUGCCACGAACUUCUUCUUUUUUUUUCUGUAUCAUACCGAGGGACGAGGUCGCGGCCAUUUGCACACGUUUCCAGCCAGCACGGAUGGCGCAUAGUAUGUAGUCGUGGAGCGUUGGACUUUGUACGUGAGGGCGUGCGCUAAUUCCGCAUGCGGCAGAGCUUGUCGGUCGGAUGUGUCGUUUGUUUCGAACUGUCGCGAGAGAACCAUGAUGCUGCAGUAGCACUCUGUAAUCAAGCACGAGCUUCAAGCCCCGCGGAAGGUGGUACUGAAGGACAAUUGAUGGUU